CCCAGGCACGCAGCGCCGCCUCCAGCAGGGGGAUUUCGGCAGCUCUCUCCCAGCGCUGCGCUCCAGAACCCAAGCGCUGCCCGGGGACAACUAAGGUGGCGUUUCCAGAGUGCCGAGGCAAUAGUGGACGCGGCUCUUUAGCCUUCAGCUACGGAAGAAGGUGUUUGGUGCUUGGGUAUCAGAGACAUGAAUUACGCACGGUUCCUCACGGCGACGAGCGCAGCGAGAAAGCCUUCUGCCAUCCGAGUCUGGACUGAGAUAUUGAACAGGGCACCGAAAUCGGUCAUCUCCUUGGCUACUGGAUCACCAAAUCCGAACACGUUCCCUUUUAAGACUGCUGUUAUCACCACAAAACAUGGACAGACCAUCCAAUUUGACGAAGAGAUUAUGAAAAGAGCUCUUCAGUAUUCUCAAAGCGCUGGAAUCCCAGAGCUGUUGUCCUGGCUAAAACAGUUACAAGUAAAAUUGCAUAAUCCUCCCACCAUCCAUUAUCCAUCCAGCCAAGGACAAAUGGACAUAUGUGUCACAGCUGGCGGCCAAGAUGGUCUUUGUAAGGUAAGACUGAAAGGAAAGGGUACCCCACAUGAAAAAUCAAAUACGUUCAUAAAUACAGGCAUCUCUCACUGACAAA